AUGUUGCUUGCAAUCUGUCGCGCUCUAUGUGUUCAGCACAUGAGAGUAAACAAUUUGUGCAGUUGCGUAUAUGUACGUAUGUCGACGUUUCCAUUCGUCCCGAGCUUGUUAUUGUCGUUUGUGUUUUACAAAUUUUACUUUUAGUUUUGAACUGAAUUUCGACAAUGGAUGUAAACAAAAAAAUUAAUAUACGAUUGGUGGAGACUGUAGAAAAGUAUCCAUGUUUGUACAACAAUACGAUCAAAGAGUAUUCUAACAGAAAUUGCAUAGAAGCGGCAUGGGUAGAGGUAGCAGAGGAGCUUUCCAGUACACCGGAUGUGGUUAAGGACAAAUGGAAAGUUUUUCGCUCCAUUUUCGUGAGAAGGCUGAGAAAAAUGCAUAUGGGAGAACUAAUUAAGCCAUAUUACCUACACGAACACAUGCAGUUUUUACGUCCAUAUUUACGUAAAUCGUGGGAUCCUGAAUGUUGUAACAAAAUAUUAUUGGAGGAAAGCGAAAGUCGUGUUACCCCCAAAAAUCCAAAAGAAAAUAAGUAUUCAAAUAGCAGUUGUGAAAAUUCAAACACAUUAGACCAAGAGGAUAUCAAUUCAGUGUAUCUUGCUGAUAUGCCGCAAUAUUCAUGUAACGAUUAUAAGCGAGUACGUACUUCGAAUGCGAAUAAUCACUCUUUUUCCUACAAAUACCGAAUUAAUGAAUUCAAAAUCAGCGAAGUUUCUUCACAUCAACAAGAUCUGGAGGCCACAGACGAUGAAGACUAUAAACGCCUAUUUAUAUUAAGCUUACUGCCAGAUCUUGAAGAAAUGAGUAACACACAAAUGCGUAAAUUUAAAAUCAAAGUUACCACGAUCAUAAAUAAUAUUAUUAAUAACGAAUAAAUUAAUAAUUAUUAUAACAUUUAAAAUAUUGCAUUUAAAUGUAUAGAAUUAUUUUACUCACUGUUGUACGCUCACCCAAUUUAGUAAUACCAAUACAAAUAUAUUGUUAGAAUAUUGAUGUCAAAAAGCAUAGAAAAGAUAAACUUGAUUUCAGAUGUUUUGGAAUAUGUACACAUAUUUAUACGUUUUUUGAAUAUUUGUAAAUAUGGCAAAGUAAGGUUGAACCAUUACUAAAGCUUCAAUACUAUUUCACUUUAUUCAUUAAUUUGAGAUCAAUAUUGUCUUUCUUCUACAACCAACACAAGCUUUGAAUAUUCCUUUUAUUACUUUUACUUAAAUUGGUAAGUCAUAAUCUCAUUGUGAUAUAUAUGUAUAUGUAUAUGUAAUAUAGAAUACUAUUUACAUAUACUUUAGACAAGAAUAUCGUCCACCUAUCACAAUUGUGCAUAUUAUCGUACACUACCACCAAACCAUGCUAUUAUAAUAGGUACAACUGUCAAAAUCAAGAAACUGCUGUUGGCUACUUAGUUUUCAGAAUUUUAAAAUUUCAUUAUAUUGAAUAUCAUUAAGGUAAAUAAAAGUGACCUUCUAACUCAGGAUUGUUGUCUGCAUUUCCAGUAGAUCGUUUUCUAUAGCCUGUUUGAGUAUCCAACGCAUAACGGUAACUGUAAACUACUAGCCUUCCGCAAUAGAGGUGUUAACAACUGAACCCAGUUGAAUAGAAAACGAAACAACUGAAUUAUUUUCCAACAUAACGAAUUAAAAUUAAUUUCAGUUGAAAUUGUAUUCAUGUUGCUUACCUAAGGACUGUAAAAGUAUCAGUUUGACAGUUGCUUUAAUAACGAAAAAUUAAAGCAAACCAAUUUGGCAAAAGUUAAAUAAGUAUGAAAAUUUACUUGGUUUUCAUUUUAUAUUUCAACGACGAAUUCUUUUUUGCCGAAACAUUAAGGAUUGCCCGAGGUAAGAAACGUACUCCUUAUAAUAGUAACAA